CCGCGCCGUGCCCGGUGUGCUCCGCUGAAAUGCGUCCGGCUGCCCGUGACAGCAGCACGGUGUCUGCGCCGGGCUUCGGCCGCUCCGUGCCGGCUAUGACAUGAGUCGUGGUGCUGGCGCGUGCUGCGGGGUGGCCCCCUCGCCGCCGCGCGUGACGCCGUGGGCCGCUUAAUUUUCCCUUUAAUUUCUACACCGGGAGUUGCCGGCAGGUGCUGCUGCUGCUGCUGCGAGACGGCGGGGCGAGCAUGGGACCGGCAGACCUGGUGCAGAAGAUCAGUAUCAGCGCCGAGAGCCCCCGCGGGAGCGAGAGCAGCGGCACGGCGGUGGCGGGCGUUGACGGGGCCGCCCCCGGCAGCUGGAGACACAAGUGCGCGGCCUACGUGCUGGCGCUCCGGCCCUGGAGCUUCAGUGCCUCGCUGACCCCUGUGGCGCUGGGCAGCGCGCUGGCGUACCGGGCCGAGGGAGCGCUCGACCCGGGGCUGCUGCUGGGAAGCGCCGUGACCGUCCUGGCUGUGCACGGGGCCGGCAACUUGGUGAAUACCUAUUAUGACUUUUCCAAAGGCAUCGAUCACAAGAAGAGCGAUGACAGGACAUUGGUGGACCAGAUUUUGGAGCCGCAGGAUGUAGUCCGGUUUGGAGUCUUUCUCUACACCGUGGGCUGUAUCUGCGCUGCCGGGCUCUACGCUAUCUCGACGCUCAAGCUGGAGCACCUGGCUCUGAUUUACUUUGGCGGACUCUCCAGCUCCUUCCUUUAUACCGGCGGAAUUGGAUUUAAGUACGUUGCGCUUGGCGACGUGGUGAUCCUGAUCACCUUUGGGCCCCUGGCUGUCAUGUUUGCCCAUGCAGUGCAGGUUGGUUACCUGUCUCUGUCACCCCUGCUCUACGCUGUCCCUCUGGCCCUCAGUACUGAGGCCAUCCUGCACAGCAACAACACACGGGACAUGGAGUCGGACCGGCAGGCGGGAAUUGUCACCUUGGCCAUCCUCAUUGGCCCCACCUUCUCCUAUAUUCUCUACGCUGUGCUGCUCUUCUUGCCCUACCUGAUUUUCUGUGUGCUGGCCACACGCUAUACCAUCAGCAUGGCACUGCCACUGCUCACCAUCCCGAUGGCAUUUUCACUGGAAAGACAGUUCCGGAGUCAGAACUUCUGCAAAAUUCCUCAGCGGACAGCCAAACUCAAUCUGCUGCUGGGGCUUUUCUAUGUUUUUGGCAUUACAUUGGCACCAGCUGGUGCUCUGCCCAAACUGUGAAAAGAGCUGUAGGGUCAAGCCUCAUAAUUCACUAUUCAUGCCAGUUAACAGUGGAUGUUAUGAAUAAAUGGCCCAUUAUGGACAGUGAGAAGAAUGGAAAGACCACCUUGCACUGUUGAUAGUGAAUGUUAUGAUUUCUGAUCUUGGAUAGCUUAUACAACACAGCUUAUACUUUCAAUAAAGUGAUUUAUCAGUUCUUCAGAAGGGAAGAACUGUGUGGCUUUGCUGUGAGGAACAAGGUGACGUAAGGUCGAGGAAAUGUUUAAAGAAUCUCAUCCUUCUGCCACCUAAUUUUUUCACUGUCAGUUCACUCUAUGGAAGAUAGAGCCUCAAAUCACACUCUCCAUUCACUUCACAAGCACAAAGAUUUCUCUUAUCACUUCUUUUCUUAUAGUGGUGAAGGAGUCCAGUGGCUCCCGUGUGGGAAUCAGAAAACACUGCCAAAUGUUUAGUAUCACUACAUAGGUGUCAUUAAUUCACUGUCUUUUAAGUGUAUUUCAUCUUCAUCUGUAGUAUGUUUUAUUUUUUGUUUUGCUUUUCCUAGCCAAAUGUUGAGCUUUUAUUUCCAAGCCCCCUGAAAUGCACUAGAUACUGAUUCAUGAACUAUUGCUUCUGCUUCUCCCAUAUAGUCUAGAAAUUUCAAAGUUAUAAAUCUCUGUGGAUUGUAGUGCUAAAAUGGGGCACAAAUAGCCCACUGCACAAACUUCAGGCCAAAACCAGUAAAUCUGUAUUCUGCUACAAAAGCUGAAGCUGUAAGUGCAAACCAUGCAGCUGGAAAUCCCUUAAUGGGUAGAAAAACAAACCGUUUCCAUUUUUGUAUUUGCUUAGAAUUUACUCUCUGAAAUGACACUUUUUGAGUUAGGGGGAGCUGACAGAGUGCCAAAUUUCUCUGAAAAGCUAUGGAUUAAUGGAUACAUAGGUGGAAAACAAAUUCUUGAUUUUAAAAAAGCUUUUAUUUUUUCAAUUUGUUUUUUUCUCUUUAUUUAGAGUAUUAUUCACAGUAUUAUAGUGAAAUAUCUUAUAAGAAGCCCAGUUCACCAAAUAAGACAGUUCUAGUGCUACAAAAAACAAAUCUGGAUUAUUGCAUUAGCUCUGCAUAGAAAUUAGGACUGGAAAUGGGAAGAAACCAAUUUUGUUAACAAGAUUUUUCCUAAUGGAGUCCAGAGUUUGUGUCACAAUUAAGUGAUCUCUGAAGGGAAGUUCCCCACCUCUUUUCCCCACUCUCUACCUUACAGCAUUGCUCUGUUUUCUCCUGCAGAUCUUGCCACUUGCUGUUCACGUGGCCCUUUGGAGAGUUGAUUGUUUCAGCAGCUAUGUAGCUGUGUGAAAAACAUGCCAAACAUAAUGGAGAAAAUAUGUGCCUUGCAGUGCAAAGAUGGAUUUGACCCAUAUGAUCCAUAACAUAGUGGCAACUUAGUUCUUAGUAUUACUUAGUAGCAACUGAAUUCUCUUCUGUGUUAUUUAGUACCUGUACACAGGUUUUUGUGAAAAGCUUCUUUGCAGGAUCUCUGAUAAGCUCAGAGGAAUUAGCACAGGUGUUGGACUAGAGCUCCUGGUGCCAGGUCACAGCCUUGCUUUUGAACAAGUGUGUGUGUGUGACUGCAGGGUCAGGCUUUUACACACGAGCAACAAACUAGCAAUAAACUCACAUGGUGUUACCCUGCAUCUGUCAUAGGUGAGUUAUGCCCUCGUGGUGCAAAUCUGAAAGAGCCAAGUGUCCCUUUAGUGGGUUGUACUGACAGCAGUAAAGCUGAGUUGAUGGUACCAGACUACAAGGUAUUUAGAGACUACUUUCAUGGCUUCAUGUUUUCCAGCAGUUAUAUCUGAGCUGGAGUUAAUGGGAAGGAUCUUUGCAGGCCUAUUUAAGGAGCCACAGUUUGAUCUUUUUUUUAAUUAAAAUGGGCAAAUGAUCUCUCUAAUCUGGCUAGGCACAGGACAAGAAGAGAUGGACUUCAGUGGCUGCUUUCUACAGCAAAAUACUUGUUAGGAUUAAAAGCACAAGGAGAAAAGGCUAGAGUUCAGCUCCGAGGGAGGGGGAUAUCCAGACGGUUUUGGAAACUGUAUUCAAUGCAAAUAUACACAACAGAGUUUCUACUGUUGCUGCUUUGUGGACCUACAGAAUGAAGAAGAGCUUAGCUCCAAUACCCAUUUCACAUUUCUGCAAACCAAAAGCUUUUGUCGGGAUAAGUAAGGGCUGAGCUGACAAAUCUGUUAACCUUGCAACUGGGGAUAUGCAGGUUUAUUGGUUAAUCCUUCCCUUUGUAGCAGCUGUGUGCUUCAUUUUAGGAUAGCUUGGUUUUUAAUAGCUUUCCGUUUCAAAGAAUGGUUAGCUAUCUUUUCUCUACUUUUUUUACAAAAACCAGAGUACUCCAGCUAAAUUCCUUAAAGUAACUUGGCCUGUAUCUUUGAUAACUGUAAUUGUAAUAAUGGGAAGAUCAUUGGUGCUGUGGAGUUUGUAACUCUUACUGUAUCUUGACUACCCUUUCUUGGGUGGGAUGUCUACUUAGGGCUGGAAAGGACCAGUGCUUUUUGUUACUAAGAUGAAACAGCUCAUUAUUACAAAAAUAUAUAUGUGGAACACUUUCCAAGGUAGGGGGAAUUAAAAGUAUUUUAAUAGUAAAACUGAGAUGAAAAUUUGGUAAUUCCUUACUAGCAGAUGCUGGUUGCCUCCAAUUCCCUCUCUUUGAAAAACAGUAUCAUUCCAGGUUCUUAAGGAUAUAACUAACAUAUUCUUCACCAUGGUUUUGAGGAAGUCAUUUAACUUCUCUGUGUCUCAGAAAACAUCCAAGUUUUGCCUAACUUAGAGAGUUGCUGAGCUGACAUCAUUGUUAUAAAGAGCUUUGAAAGUAAAAAGUGCUUUAUUUCUGUGCUUUCCAAAAAGCUUGUUAGUACUAGAAAACAUUUUAGAUAUGAACUAACAUAAAGGGUGAGUUAACCAAUGUAAUGAGGCCAAAAUAAUCUUCACAUAUAAUCAGUGAGCGGUAAGAGAGGUUCAUUUAUUGGUUUGCUUUGUGAUAAAGACACUGGGUCUCUUCCCCUACCCCACUUUUCCCUGUCCCAUGCUACUUUCCCUGAAUAUAAACUUUAGAAACUUCUUUCAGGUCACUCUUGAUGAGCUGUAUUGCAGUGUGAUGAGUGUGCACUGGUAGAGGAACUGAUCUGUAGCCCAUCUGUUAAUGUGUUCUAAAGCACCUCCUGGCCUUUCUUCUUACCCAAUAAACUGUCUGAAUGUUACUCAGUUAA